AUAUGUGACGUACAAACUAAACUCCUGGGUGGUCAGGAACCUCCUGUUUAUUGUACCAUUAUGUGACGGCCAUGCUUUCAUUCCGUUAUAGAUUCUUUAGCUGGAGUAACAAGAGUAAACAACAGGCACAGCCCCAGCAGAGACCGACAACUCCGAGUCCCAAGGUGGCGAGGCGCCGGGACAGUAACUCCAGCGACCGAUCACGUGAUGUGAGCUCCGACGUGAGUGGUGGUGACUCCCCAGUACAUAUGUCUGGACCUCAUCACUCGUACAGCACCAGUGACCUAAAGGAACUCGGCAACACCCACAAAUCGGUCCUUUCCCAGGGCUUUAAGGGGUCUGACAACAGCCUUUCUAUGAGGGCCAUUUCCCCCAACGUGAGACGUAGGUCUGAUGAUCCUGGGCGUGGCAGUGCACUGGCUAAUAAACGACGUAGCAACCUGGAAGUACCGAGGCAAUACCCACUCACCGCACCAACAGACAAACGCAAAUCUGAGAGUGUGCCAUUCAAGACGAACAGCAUUGCUCCCCUGGUGGAGAAGUGAUCUAGCUGAUACAUAUUAUGUGUAUCAAUUGUAUUUCUCCACAUUCAAAGUACUACUAUAACUUAGUUUGAAAUCUUUCAUGUUUUACACAAUUUUUAAAACUUGUCCCUUCAACACAUUCUUAUUAUUAUUCCUUAUUGAGAAAUGAAAUUUCUUGCACUUGUUGACUCUGAUUGCCCACCGCCAUAUUAGUCUUCUCUUUGUUAAGUAUCAGCUAUGUUAAAGUGCAUAGGUGUUCAAUUUCACGGGUGGAAAUUGUCUUGAUUUUCUGUCUGAAACUUAUUCACAUUUUAUGAACCACAAUAUAUCUAAAUAUUUCAGGACACCUUGGGUGGAGUUCUAAAUGUCAUGUAAUGGUUUUAAUAAAUAAGCCAGCAAUGAAGAUGGUUAUGUCUGGGACCUCAAAAUACACACAAGGUUUAAAAUUUGAGGAUUUUGAUGCAUGGGUAAAAUUUAGAUUAGGACCAUCGCAAAUAUUAGCAAUUAUGUAGUUGUGUGGACUGGUAUCUCCUAUUUCAAGCUUUCCUAUCAUUGGUGUCUUUAUAAAAAUAUCAAAAACACUCAGAAGAAACUUCUGUCUAUAUUACAUUUGCUCUGAGUGAUAACACACCUUCACUCAGACUCGUUUGUUGACAGGCUGCUUUUGACCUGUAAACUUUAUCAGGUUCUUGUUCUCUGUGUUAUAUUCCUGUACCCAGAUAUUUGACCUAAUUCUCUGGUUGUAGAUCUGGCCUCUGUGUUAUAUUCCUGUACCCAGAUAUUUGACCUAAUUCUCUGGUUGUAGAUCUGGCCUCUGUGUUAUAUUCCUGUACCCAGAUAUUUGACCUAAUUUCUAAUUCUCUGGUUGUAGAUCUGGCCUCUGUGUUAUAUUCCUGUACCCAGAUAUUUGACCUAAUUCUCUGGUUGUAGAUCUGGCCUCUGUGUUAUAUUCCUGUACCCAGAUAUUUGACCUAAUUCUCUGGUUGUAGAUCUGGCCUCUGUGUUAUAUUCCUGUACCCAGAUAUUUGACCUAAUUCUCUGGUUGUAGAUCUGGCCUCUGUGUUAUAUUCCCAUAUCCAGAUAUUUAGUGCUCUAUCCUAUAGAAAACAGCUAUGGCUCUGUAUUAUAUUCUCCAACCUAGAUUUCUGUACAGCAAUUUAAUCUGCAGCAUAAUUUUUGAAGAAGCAUCAUUUUUUCUUGGUGUUGACUUUAUCUAUAUAUAGCAGUUCAAUCACUAUCCAUUAAAAUGAAAGUUUUACCUCAGAGUAAACUUUAAAUGUUCAUGGGAAUAUUACAUGUAUCACUUGGAUCAUACAAAGUAAGCAUGGAUCAUGUGAAAUAAACUUCAUAUUUGAUGUUGACGCAAUAGAUGUCCACAAUCAAGUAAUUUUUUUUAUUAACGAUAUACACAUAAUUCUAUUUGGUCUUCUCUUGUAAAAAACAUGUAUGUAAAUUGUUUUUGAGUAAUGUGGGAUUUUUAUGCUACUAAAUUGUUAUAUAACCAGAAGUAUUCCUAGAAAAAACUAAGAUACUGUUGGGUUUUUUUUUUUUUAUUAUUUUUUAAUUAUUAUUAGUAUUACUCAGUACAGGAGAAAUGGGGAUAUGUACAUUUAUUGCCAUAAGCAUUUAAUAUAUUAUGGAAGGUAAGCUAUCUUAACCUGAAUUACCAAUUCAUAUACAAACAGAACAAAGAGGAUGUAUACUUGAAGUAUUGUUACUCCUUUGAUACAUGGCUACUAUGUAUAUUACUGAUACUUAGCACAAGUUAAUAUUUCCAAAGUGUUCCAACAUCUAUUAGUACAAAGUUCUCUAGGUGGACGUUCUGGUCAUUUUUUGCUGACAAAGCUUAUUUAAUGGUACAAAAUCAAAUCCCUAUAUCACUUUUAGUAAAAAAAAAAAAAAAAUCAAAUAUAUUCACAUAUCUAAAUCACUUAAAAUGUGUCAGUCACUUUUGUAAAUUGUUAAUUACAUUUUCACAUUGAACAUAACAGUAUUAAGAUAUACAUGUGGACAGCAUUCCUAUUAAGACUUGAAUAUAAUAACUGUUUAUUGUAGAGUCUUUGAAAAAUAUAUAUCAACUUGCAUUUACAGUAGUUGGAAUUAUUAAAUUAUUAAUUAUUAAAAAUUAUGACAUGAAAUGAUUAGCAUAUGCCACUGAUAGUUCUGAUCAAUGAAAUUUAGACAAAGCUUUUAUAAUAGUAGUUAAAUGUGCUGUCACAGGCCCCUGUUAUAUGACCCAUCUAUUAUGAAUCUGUCCUAAGUGUAUACACUAAUAUGUUACAGGUCCCUGUGUAAUAUGACCCAUCUAUUAUGAAUCUCUCCUAAGUAUAUACACUAAUAUAUGACAGGUCCCUGCGUAAUCUAUUGUAAAUCUCUCCCAACUACACACAUUGUUACAAAUCCCUGUGCAAUAUGAACCAUCUAAUAUAAAAAUUCUCCUAUCAGUAUAACAGGCUUCAAGCCCCUGUGGGAAGUCUGUCUCGGAUAUUCAGUUGUUUUCAUGGAGACAGUAAGAUAAAGUGUCUCAUUUCCAGAGAUGAUCAUUCCGUAUUGAUGUUCCAGUGUUUACUAGGACAUCACCACAGCAUGUUGUUGUAAUCACCAUGACUUUUGAUAGGUUUUUUAUAUUUGUUAAGUUUAUUGCAACCGUUAUUUCAUUUGGCAGAAGGAUGUUUUGAGCAUUUUUUUUUAUAUAUGAUUUUAAUAUGUUGAAGUUUUGUGCGAGGAAGAAUCACGAUAUUGGUACUAUGAUUAUAUAUUUGAACUUGAUACAUAUUUACAAAAACACUGAAUUGUUUAUGUUGUUCUAGUCAAGAUACAUCUAUUAAUUUUAUCGUCUAAAAGUGCAAUGUUUUUAUAGAAAUAUUACAGUAAGUUAGAUUUAAAAAUCUAGCAUUUCCUUUCUUCUUUUUUAAUGAAAAAUUAUUGUAAAUUUUCUUUAUACUCACGUACUCCUGAAUAUUUUAUUUGAGCGGUCCUGUCAUGGCUGAGUGACUUUGAUGACUGUUAUCUGAUGGAAUCAAUGUUUACUAGAUAACCAUUAGUAUUAGGAGUUAUCUCCUCUUUACCUUGUUACAUUUUGUUGAUAUAUUCUAGUAUAACAACAAUACUAGAUAAACUGUUUUUAAACAUUGAUGAUGUUAUGACAUUGAUAUGAUUGUUAUGCCAUGUCCCUGCAUUUAACAGAAUGCUUCUCAUUUUUUCGACAAAAACCAUAUCAUUUAUUCAUUUGUUGAACUUUCAUCUGAAUUAGUGUCAGUAUCCAGUGUAAAUAACACAUUUGUUGAUACAAGAAAUAUCACAAAAUCACAAUUCUUGUCAUGUGUGUUUUAUGAGUAAUGUAAUAACUAACAAGAACAUGUCUGAUUCCUAGAACAACAGGAGACCCUUUAUAGAUCACUGUUAAUCUUGUUUUCAAUGGGUUCUCAUUUUUACUAUUUUGGAAAAUAGAAUAAAAUUGCAUAAAAUUAGAUACUGUAUCUUGAAAAUGUAAUUACUGGAGAAUGGAUCAUUUCAUGCUUUCUAUGAAAAGUUUUGUAAAACUGAAAACGUUAACCAUUGAAAAUACAUAAUAUGUACAUUUAGACAUAACUUGUCAGCUCAUCCAAUUAUGUCUUGAAAUAUUAAAAAAGAAUUGUUUUUGUCUUUCUUUUCAGGGCAGUAUUCGGUUAUUGACUUUGAUAUCAAAUAUAAAAAAUAGAAUAUGUGUACUAGUAGCUGUUUGCUUUUCUUUUUUACCCUAUCUGAGAAUUAUGCACAGGUGUACUGAAGUACAUUUUAUAGAUUGUAAUGUCUAUUUGUUGUACAAGUCUACAUAUCGCACAAGUUGUCAUUAAAGUACGAUUCUGAUGUAACUUUCUCCUCAGACAAUUGUACUAACAUCAUUGUUUCCUGGAGAAGUUAUCCCCUGUGUUCCAUACAUAGUCAAACAAUUGUUCUAAACAAUAGUAGGUCUUGUGGUGAACCAAUAUGGUCAAUGACAGGUAUUGUGGUGAACCAGUGGUCACAGACAGGUAUUGUGGUGAACCAGUGGUCACAGACAGGUAUUGUGGUGAUCAGAUGUGGCCACAUACAGGUGUUGUGGUGAACCGGUAUGGUCACAGACAGGUAUUGUGAUGAACCAGUAUGGUCACGGACAGGUAUUGUGGCGAUCAGAUGUGGCCACAUACAUGUGUUGUGGUGAACCAGUAUGACCACAGACAGGUAUUGUGGUGAUCAGGUGUAGCCACAGACAGGUAUUUUAGUGAACCAGUAUGGUCACAGACAGGUAUUGUGGUGAUCAGAUGUGGCCAUAUACAUGUGUUGUGGUGAACCGGUAUGGCUACAGACAGGUGUUGUUGUGAACCAGUAUGGCCACAGACAGGUGUUGUGGUGAACUGGUAUGGCCACAGACAGGUGUUGUUGUGAACUGGUAUGGCCACACAGGUAUUGUGGUGAACCACUAUGGCCACAGACAGGUAUUGUGGUGAACCACUAUGGCCACAGACAGGUACUGUGGUGAACCACUAUGGCCACAGACAGGUAUUGUGGUGAACUGGUAUGGCCACAUAAAGGUGUUGUGGUGAACCAGUAUGGCCACAGACAGGUGUUGUGGUGAACUGGUAUGGCUACCAACAGGUAUUGUGGUGAACUGGUAUGGCCACACAGGUAUUGUGGUGAACUGGUAUGACCACACAGGUAUUGUGGUGAACUGGUAUGGCCACACAGGUAUUGUGGUGAACUGGUUUGGCCACACAGGUAUUGUGGUGAGCUGGUAUGGCCACACAGGUAUUGUGGUGAGCUGGUAUGGCCACACAGGUAUUGUGGUGAACUGGUAUGGCCACACAGGUAUUGUGGUGAACUGGUAUGGCCACAGACAGGUGUUGUGGUGAACUGGUUUGGCCACACAGGUAUUGUGGUGAACUGGUAUGGCCACACAGGUAUUGUGGUGAACUGGUAUGGCCACACAGGUAUUGUGGUGAACUGGUAUGGCCACACAGGUAUUGUGGUGAACUGGUAUGGAUACCAACAGGUAUUGUGGUAAACUGGUAUGGCCACACAGGUAUUGUGGUGAACUGGUAUGGCCACACAGGUAUUGUGGUGAACUGGUAUGGCCACAGACAGAUAUUGUGGUGAACUGGUAUGGCUACAGACAGGUAUUGUGGUGAACCAGUAUGGCCACAGAGGUAUUGUGGUAAACUGGUAUGGCCACACAGGUAUUGUGGUGAACUGGUAUGGCCACACAGGUAUUGUGGUGAACUGGUAUGGCCACAGACAGGUGUUGUGGUGAACUGGUAUGGCCACACAGGUAUUGUGGUGAACUGGUAUGGCCACACAGGUAUUGUGGUGAACUGGUAUGGCCACACAGGUAUUGUGGUGAACUGGUAUGGCCACAGACAGGUAUUGUGGUGAACUGGUAUGGCCACACAGGUAUUGUUGUGAACUGGUAUGGCCACAGACAGGUAUUGUGGUGAACUGGUAUGGCCACACAGGUAUUGUGGUGAACUGGUAUGGCUACAGACAGGUAUUGUGGUAAACUGGUAUGGCCACACAGGUAUUGUGGUGAACUGGUAUGGCCACAGACAGGUAUUGUGGUGAACUGGUAUGGCUACAGACAGGUAUUGUGGUGAACUGGUAUGGCCACACAGGUAUUGUGGUGAACUGGUAUGGCCACAGACAGGUGUUGUGGUGAACUGGUAUGGCUACAGACAGGUAUUGUGGUGAACUGGUAUGGCUACAGACAGGUAUUGUGGUGAACUGGUAUGGCCACAUACAGGUAUUGUGGUGAACUGGUAUGGCUACAGACAGGUAUUGUGGUGAACUGGUAUGGCCACACAGGUAUUGUGGUGAACUGGUAUGGCCACACAGGUAUUGUGGUGAACUGGUAUGGCCACACAGGUAUUGUGGUGAACUGGUAUGGCCACACAGGUAUUGUGGUGAACUGGUAUGGCCACACAGGUAUUUUGGUGAACUGGUAUGGCCACACAGGUAUUGGUGUUAACAAUUAAGGACACCAUCAGAUUUUGGAACUAACAUGAUUUAAUUUCUAUUAAGUACAGUGUAUGCGGUAAUACCGAUUGUAUUACUUGUGUCUCUUUCAUUGUGUCAGGUUUAAAAUUGUGGAGAUGUGUGAAUUUUUUCAAUGAAUCUGAAUACAACUGUUAAUCUAUGUGUUUGAUUGAUAGUUAUGAAAUUGAUAUAUAGAGAAUAGGUAGAGUUAGGUAGUGUUAUAACUCAAUAUGUCAUGCAUAACUGAUAGUAGGCAAUCAUUUAUAGGGCUCUUAUGGGGCUUAGUCACUUACACUUUGUGUGAGAAAAUAUUUGAGAAAGAUUUCUUUGUUUGAUAGGUGGUCAUUUUAUAGUAAUUGGUGACUACCUCAUUUACAAUAUACAGGAUCUAUCAAAAGAAAGUGGACUAAAGUGGCUUAGGAUUCCACCAUGACAGCUCUGGAUAGUCGGUGAUCUCGGCUUCCUGAGAACUACAAACUGCCUAUAUCAAAUAGGGAUUAAAAUUUGUAUGAGUGCUAAAAUAUUGUGUCUAGCCAUUUGAUUUGUUUAAUUAUAAUGAUGUGAUAUCUCACUAAAGUAUAUGGCCAUUAAUGUUGUAGGAUAAUGCUGAUUUAUCAAAAUUACAAGAAAAAUACAGAUUUGUAUUUAUAUGCUAUGACCAUGGACAUCUCUCUCAACUCUUGAUUCAACACUUUUCAGUGUCCAGAACUCUGGUACUAAACAAUCUGUCUAUCCUCUGUCUAUCCUCUGAUGGAUACUUUUGUCUAUGCUACAGUUGGUUGAUUGAUUCUAUUUACACGUGUAUGUGACGACUUGACUCUGUAAUAAUAAUAAUAAUAAUAAAAUAUUUUAUUAAAGUGUCACGCAUUGAUCAACAGUAAAAUACAAUUGCAAUUAUAAAAUGUACAAGUAAAAGUGAUCAAUACCCAGCCAUAAUUAUUUGACUUUUGAGACACUAUGAAACACUAAAACUCAUAAAUUACUCGCAAUCAAUUGACAUAUAAUCCACUCAUACAUUAUUUGUGACUAGAAAAAAGUAUCAUAUCAAAACAUAUUCACUGUGUAUUGUACUUGAAUAUUAAACAGGAAACGGUAUUACACAAGAGGGUGAGCUUAUUGCCAGGCAUGGGGCUGUUACCAGUGAUAUAGGACAGCUUGAUACACUUUUAAUUACACAAGAGGGUGAGCUUACCAGGUUUUGCCAGGCAUGGGUACAUGUAUAUUCAUUGCAUAGUUUGAACAGUAUUUGAAGAACACAUUCGGCAAUGUAUGUAUUACUGAUCCUUUCCUGACGAACAUUAUGAGAAUCUGAUUUCACGGAAACAGAAGACAUAUCUCUAUCUGUACAAAUAAAUAUCAGCACAUCAGUGUAUUUUGUAAUCAAACUCUUGUGACAGUGUUCCAAUGUCAACAAACUCAAUUUUAUUUUUUUAACUAUUCCCCAAGAUAUAUUUUAUCCAAUUAUCUAACAUAAUUUUUAUACUAAUUAAUGAACUUACUCUGCAGAAGUUUAUUAGAUUCAUUGCAAUCAAAUGUAUUUUUUGUACUUUGUACAGAACAUUAUUUAUUUUUUUCAUGACCUUUUGCACUUGUAGGAAAUCCUUUUAAUAGCAAAAAUCAUUGAACUAUAGGGAUAGUAUAGUUAUUGGUGCUGCUAUUAUAAAUGUCUUUCAAACAUGAAAAUACAAUUUCUUUUCAGAAAUAAAUAUAAGCCAUACCAUUUUUUAUAUAUACAGUAUAUAAAACAAAAUACUAUGUUUGUUUCAUUCACUUAAACAAGAUUUUUAUAAUUAGCACCAAGACCAAUAAUUCAUAAAUACUCUAGUUUAUAAUGUACACAGUAUAUAUACAAUGUAUAUAUAUGUAUAAGGACCAUAUGUCUGGGGUCACCAUACAACUAUACUGCUCUAUAUGACUGGAGGAAUGGUUGGUGUAUAUAGAAUAGUAUAUAACCUUUCAUCUUUUACUUUCUAUUUUCAUUUCUUGUGAAUCUUUUUCUUUGUUAAGACAUUUGGUAAAAUAAAAUCUAGUCAGUUACACAAUUUCA